CUUCUCUCACUUUCCACGGGAAACAAAGAGAGUGAACUCUUUGAAACCCUAGCCAUGGAUCGUUCCACCUCCGAUAAGGAUAAAUCGACCAAGCGGUCGCGCGACGAGCUUGAUCGUGACUCCGGCAGGGACCACCGCGAUAGGGAGCACAAACACAGAUCCAGGGACAAGGAUCGAGAUGGCAAUUCUUCCAACCACCGCCGGUCGGAGCGAGAGGAAAAGCAUCGCGACGGAGACCGCUACCACCAUCGCAAGUCGUCAAGGCGCGAGGAUCGGGAGGGUUCUCGUGACCGGGAAACGAAGCGAGAGCGGUCGGUUGAUUUGAGGGGAGAUGAUCGAGAAGGCAGCAGGGAGAGAGUUGAUCGGUCUCACGACCGUCGAAGGCGAGAUGAGAGGGAGCGGUCCAGGGAGAGGUCUUAUGACGGGAGAGACGAGAGGGAAGGGAGUAGAGAUAGGCAUGAUAAUAGGGCGCGGGAGAGAGAAGUGAAGCGUGAGAGAUCGUAUGAUGAAAGCAAAGAGGGGGAUGAUGUUACGAGAAGGAAGAGGAAAGAUAGAGAAGACGGUGGGGAUGAAAGGGAGAAGAAGGAAGCUAAGGUAUCGGAUGGGAAGAGGGAGAGGAGACGAUUUGGGGAUAAAGUGAAGGAAGAGAACGAUGUUGAUAACGGCGAUAUCUCGCGGGUUCCUGAUAAUGCUACAAGAGGUGAAUUUAGUGAGGUUAAGGUGAAAGAGGAAGUGAAUGACGAGUCAAUAGCUGGCGGUGGCACCGUCAAUGGUGGAUUUCCAGCUGAUAAUGGUGCUUCCUCCGGAUCAUUGACUAGAAGCAUUGCUGGGUCCUCUGUAGCUCCUGACUUAUCUGUUCCUAUCAAGGUAUCUUCAAUUUCAAACACAACUGAAAAUAAGGGAGUUAGUAUUACCAGAUCUCAUGAGGUUCCUGGAAAAUCUAGUACAGAUGGGACAUCAUCGACUGCCGGCAAAAGUGGAAGUUCAUCCCUUGAUGUAUUAGCUAAAGCUAAGAAAGCCAUAGAAAUGAAGAAAGAGUUGCAAGAGAAGUUGAAGAGGAUGCACAUGUUGACCAAGACAAAUAUUUCGAGUUCAGAUGGUACCAACAUUUCACGGGCCAAAGAUGGUUUGAAAGCUCCAUCUUCUACUCCACAGGGAGUGGGUGCGUUAUCAACAACAGCCACAAUCGGCGUUUCAGCUACUGCUGCGAAUCCGUUGGUGCAACCUGCUAGCGGUUUGCCACCAAUUCCUGGUCUUAAUAGCUCACCUAACUAUGAAGCUGUCAGACGUGCACAAGAGCUUGCGGCAAAGAUGGGCUUCCGUCAGGAUCCUGAAUUUGCUCCACUUAUUAAUAUGUUCCCUGGACAGAUGCAGACAGAGGCUGCUGUACCACAGAAGCCCAGUAAGGCUCCUGUUCUCCGGGUAGAUGCACUAGGCAGGGAAAUAGAUGAACAUGGAAAUGUUGUGAGUGUGACUAAACCAAGCAACCUCAGCACGCUCAAGGUUUGUACAAUACAUAAUAUCCUUGUGGUCUCCUUUCAGGUGAACAUCAACAAGCAGAAGAAGGAUGCUUUCCAGAUUCUUAAGCCUGAGCUGGAAGUAGAUCCCGAGUCAAACCCUCAUUUUGAUGAAGGUAUGGGCAUCAAUAAGGCUAAGCUUCUGAGGCCUAAGCGGAUGUCUUUCCAGUUUGUUGAGGAGGGAAAAUGGUCCAAGGAUGCUGAAUCAAUAAGACUAAGGCAUCAAUUUGGAGAAGAAAGAGCAAGAGAUAUGAAGGCCAGACAAGCACUUCAUGCAAAGGCUAAAGCUGCUCCUGACGUGAAUCCUAAUCUUAUAGAGGUAGGAGAGAGAGUUGCGACCAAAGAGAAGGCAAAGGACCCAAUUCCUGAAAUCGAGUGGUGGGAUUUGCCUUUUCUUGUUGGUGGUGUCUAUGGUGAUUUCGAGGAUGGCAUUAUUCACGACAAUCAAUUGAAGACGGAUAAGAUCACCAUCUAUGUUGAACACCCACGCCCUAUUGACCCUCCUGCAGAACCAGCUCCUCCACCACCACAGCCUCUGAAGCUGACCAAGAAGGAACAGAAGAAACUCCGAACCCAGCGCCGUCUCGCUCGUGAGAAAGACAGGCAGGAGAUGAUCCGACAGGGCCUGCUCGAACCGCCUAAACCGAAAGUCAAAAUGAGCAACCUAAUGAAAGUUCUUGGUGCCGAAGCAACGCAGGACCCCACGAAGCUCGAGAAGGAAAUUCGCAGUGCGGCUGCAGACCGCGAGCAAGCUCAUAUUGAUAGGAACAUUGCGAGGAAGCUCACACCUUCUGAGCGACGCGAGAAGAAAGAGAGGAAGCUGUUUGACGACCCGAAUACCGUGGGGACCCUGGUUUCUGUGUACAAGAUAAACGAUCUGUCCCACAAGAAGACCCGAUUCAAGGUCGAUGUGAACGCGAGCCACAACCACUUGACUGGGUGCUGUGUUAUCUCCGAGGGAAUUAAUGUUGUGGUUGUUGAAGGUGGGAGCAAAGCUAUCAAGCGGUACGGGAACUUGAUGCUUAGGCGUAUAAAUUGGGCCGAGGCUGUGAACGACGACGAGGGUGAAGAUGGUCGAGAUGACGACGACGAGGAUAAACCACGUAACAAUUGUGUGUUGGUGUGGCAGGGGAUUGUUGCUAAACCUAGCUUCAACAGGUUCACUGUACAUGAGUGCAUGACUGAAGCUGCUGCCAGGAAGAUAUUUGCUGAUGCUGGUGUCGUCCAGUACUGGGAUCUCUCAGUCAACUUCUCGGACGAUCAGGUCUGAGGCAGAGCCAUUGCCCGAGCUAUUAGUUGGUAUCGUAUCUCUUGCAUUUCUGUUGAGGAGAGUUAACGUGACGAGUUGGAGCUGUGUUGUGCUUGGUUGGUUUGGCUGCACAAUCUCUUCUGGAUGUUUGUGUUGUAUGUGCGGCAUUGGUGUCUGUCUAGGAAGUGAUAUUCGUCCUACCCUGCACUACAUGUUUCUCUGGCAAAUGGUUGCUUGUCGUUUGAGUGCUUUAGACUCUUAGGCCCUACUGAAUUUCCAUUACCUUUCCCGUUUCCUGUUGCCACAACAAGAAUUUCGUAACGAAAAGGAAAACGUGUUCGCUUUGUUUCCUGUUUUUCAUUUGCGGCAACCAUUCUGGACUGCCAUGUCUUUGCCUCGCUCUGCAGCCUGCGUUUAUGAAUGGUAUUUGUGGAUCCCUACUGCUAACGUAAGCCAACUGCCAGUAGCAGGUUGGACGAGUCUUUCUAUUGUUUAAACCUUGCUUCUGUUUUGCCAAGUUCAGGU